GAAAAAUGGCGUUGGAUAUUGUGACGAUGGCGGCAGUUGCCGCGAUUCUCGGCUUGCUCUACUACUACGUCCGCAACCGGUACAGCUACUUUCUCGACAAACCGUACCCACACCUGAAGCCCACCUUCCUGUUCGGAAGCUCCGGCCCGAUGAUGUUGCGCCAGCGGGACAUGAUCGAGCACAUCAAAAUACUGUACAAAGCGUUUCCGGAUGCAAAAGUGGUCGGUGCGUUCGACCUGCUUACCCCGAACCUUAUAUUACGCGAUCCGGAGUGUGUGAAGCAGAUUGGCGUGAAGGAUUUCGACUACUUUACCGACCACACCCCGUUCCUGCCGAACGAGCACGAUGCGGUCGGUACGGACAACAUGUUUCUCAACUCGCUGUUUAUGCUGCGUGGCCAAAAGUGGCGCGAUAUGCGGGCUACGCUUAGUCCCGCGUUUACCGGCAGCAAGAUGCGCCAGAUGUUUGAGCUAAUGUCGGAAAGUUGCCAGGGCAUGGUGCAGCAUCUACUGAAAGAGGCCCGGUCGGACGAAACCAAACAGGUGCAGGAGAUGAAGGACAUUUUUUCGCGCUUUGCCAACGACGUGAUCGCGUCGAUCGCGUUCGGCAUCCAGGUGAACUCGUUCGCCGAGCGGGAGAACGAUUUCUACGUCCGCGGCAAGAAACUGCUCGACUUUAGCUCCUUCUGGCCAACGUUGCGCUUUAUGCUGUUUAUGAUAAUGCCCCGGGUAAUGCUGAAGCUGGAUAUCGAGAUGAUGGAUAAGCAGAUGUGCCGGCACUUUUUCGCCAUGAUCCUGGACAAUAUGCGGGUGCGCGAGGAGAAGGGCAUCGUGCGGAACGACAUGAUCAACAUUCUGAUGCAGGUCAAGCGCGGCGUGCUGAACCAUCAGCGCGACGAACCGGACGUAAAGGAUGCCGGAUUUGCGACGGUUCACGAGUCGUCCGUCGGUAAGAAGGCGAUCACACGCGACUGGACCGACAAGGAGCUGGUGGCGCAGUGUUUCCUGUUCUUCCUGGCCGGUUUUGACACCAUCUCGACCGCGAUCGGAUUUAUGAUGUACGAGCUGGUCCGACACCCGGAGGUACAGGAGCGGCUUUACGAGGAGGUUGUCGAGAUCGACGAGAAACUGAAUGGGAAGCCGCUAACGUACGAUGCCGUCCAGAGCAUGCGGUAUAUGGAUAUGGUAGUGUCGGAGUCGUUGCGUUUCUGGCCACCGGCACCGAUGGUCGAUCGGUACUGUAAUCGAGACUACACGUUCGACGAUGGUGCCGGGUUACGGUUCAAGAUCGAGAAAGGACGCACCGUUAUGGUACCGGUGGCCGGUUUGCAUAGCGAUCCGAAGUAUUUCCCCGACCCGGAACGGUUUGAUCCGGAGCGAUUCAGUGAGGAAAAUCGACACAAAAUUAACCCCGGAGCGUACCUGCCGUUUGGCGUUGGACCGCGCAACUGUAUCGGGUCAAGGUUUGCGCUGAUGGAGGUCAAAUCAAUCGUCUACUAUUUGCUGAAGAAUUUUACCUUUGAACGUUGUGACAAAACGCAAGUACCGCUACGUCUGAAGCGUAGUCCAGUGGCGCUGGCUUCCGAAAAUGGAAUCUGGAUUCGUUUGAAGCCGCGCGAUAUCAGUAACUGAG